AUGCCGCGGCAGAAGGCGACUCCCAGCAAACAUGCAAAUGAGAGUAGUGCAGCGCGAGAAACGAUUAAUAAAGAAGCGGCGGAAAGUGCCAAGUUUCCGCUGGCGCUGGAUUUGAAAAAGGUUGAGCGGGAAAGAGAAGAGGACGAAGAAAGCGGAAUCACUUCCGGCUCGUCCGGGCCGAGGUCGAUUUCCGGAACGAUGACUCCGACCACAAUCGACGGCGGCGACGAUGAAGACGACUUCGACCAAUCGGACCAGUCGCUCGGCCUUUCUCCGAAUCCGAACUUCAGCUUCGAGCCCAAAGUGGCCCAAUGGCUAACGGAGCGUUUCGUAAUCUCGAAAGGCGCCUGCUCCACCGUCCAGGACAUCAUAAACCAGUAUCGAUCGGAAUUUCCCAAGGAUUUCCUGUUCGCGCCGCUGCAGAGCUACCAAGUGGGCAGUCUAAUUAGGCGAUAUUUUCCAACAAUUGGGCGGACGAAAAUCUCGGUGGCGGGCCGGCGCGUUUGGGUUUACAAAGAUCUCGGGCAGCGUGCCAGCAGCGCUGCUGAUAACCCAGCACCAGCGACUCCAAUCGUUGAGCAAGCACAAGCAGUACAGAAACAGGCAGCUACAGACACCUGGAGCAGCAGCGGAAGUAAUUACCGAAAGGCGAAAAUGAUGGCGGAGAGCGGCUUGCCAACGAUGCUGAGCUACAUGGACCAAGUUCAAGACGAGGCAAUGCCGAAACGGCCAAAUUCUUCAAACGAUUACGACAACUACGCGCAUGUCUCCGCAGUCACUUUGCAAGCGAAAAGACGAAAAACGAUGGGCGUCAAUUCGCACACGAUCGACAACAACGUCGUCACUUGGAUAAAAAACAACUACGAGCCCGCGGAAGGCGCCUAUGUCAAAGCCCUUGAAAUGCUGGCCCAUUACAACACCAACCAUCCUCGCAAGCCGCUUCAAAAUCUCUCUCAAGUCGGACGGCUUCUCCGCAGCUCGAUAACGCAAGAGUGUAAACACCUUCGCCGCUAUUUUAAAGACUCCGGCGGAAAGCGGGAAUGGGUCUACACAAACAUUCAAGUGAAAGAAGACUGCCUCGAGAACUUCGAAGCCGCCGUCCGCGGGGACUGGUACGCGACCAGGCGAAAGUCGCCGGAUCGAGAAGGAAGCUUCGAGGAAAGCAAUUACUCCUCGCUUUCUGGAAGUAGCAAUUCUCAAUCGCUCGUCACAGCGAGUGACGUAGCCUCAGAGUCUCAAUCCGUCGUUGUUCAAGCGGAGAGCCAAAGUCCGAAAAUCGAGGCGACAGAGGACGACGCCUCUGCAGUCAAGGAAAGCAACUCGAGCAGCGAGUUCCUCCAGGGCGGACAGCAGCGAGCAGAGCAGCAGGGAGAGAACGAGCCAGCGGAAGGCGAUUUCGAACGGAACACCGGCAGCGUCAACGGAGAUAGCAGCGGCGAUCAAAGAGAGAUUAACCCGCGCUCUGCAUUUGAGAGAAUGCCGCCGAACCAGGGCGGCCUCUCCCGAAACUUGGAAAUUCUCAAGGAAACCCAAGCGGAAGGAUGGUUGCUAACGCACUGCUCGAAAAAGUACUGCGAGUGGAUCAAGCUAGUCGACGACUUCCUAAUCGACCAGCGACGAAUCGUCAUCGAGGUCCGAAUUCAGUCCGACUGGGACAUUACAGUCAACGCUAACGGGCGCAAAGUAUAUCCAGAUUCACUCCAGCUCACUCAUGUCGAGCAAAGCCCUGCCGCAGUUUCUGAGUUUCUGAAAACAGUGGCAGGAAUCAAUUUCUGCCGAGGUUUCCCGGCGCCGUAUUUCCGAAAACUGGAAAUUCAAGGCCACAUCGUUUCUUAUCCAGAAAUUUGGUCGAUUCGGUCGAAUCCGGACAACGAAGAGAUCCGACACCGGUCUGUCCACUGCAACUUGCUCCACCGCUCGGAAGGAGUCUUCUGCCAAGCUUGCUUCCACGGCUGCAGAAUGCACAUGCAAAGAAUCAAAACACCGCCCAUCGAAGACUAA